GAGCAAUUCCACACUCAAAACCCCAACCCUUAUCAAAUCUUGCCAAGCAUAACAUGGCGGGGCAGUCACAAAGUCUGAGCAACAUCACUAUUCUUCAUCGACAGAAACACACACCAUACCAUGGCCCAGUCAAUCACCGAAGAAUCCGUAAGGGCGGCCCUCACCGACCGCCUCAAGGCCUCUCAUGUCGAGGUUCAGGACAUGUCCGGUGGCUGCGGGCAAGCCUUCACAUCGUUGAUUGUCUCGCCCGAGUUUGUGGGCAAGAACUCGCUAAAGAGGCAUCGGCUGGUCAAUGCCGCCCUCAAAGACGAAAUCGCGCAGAUACACGCCUGGAGCGCGAAGUGUCAGACACCGGAGGAAUAUGAAAAGGAAAAGGCAGCGACAGGAGGGAAUGACGGGCCGCCGUUGGAUGGGACGGCAGGAGGGGAGGUGACGGGCGUCAGUCAGUAG